UUAAUCGGAAACGAAAUGGGAUGGAAAAUGGCAUAUUAAAAUGGCGUCGUUUAGUGAAUACGCCAUUCAAUUUGUACAAAAAAUCAAAAGAAUUUAUAAAUGUAUUUAAGUUGAAAGAACUUAGCAAAACUACAAUAUAACAACAUGGAUGCAGUGAAAUCAUUUAACUCGGAGCUCUCGUCUCUGUACGAGGUAAAACCUCCGAUAUCAAAAGCCAAAAUGACCGCCCUAACCCGAGGCGCAAUAAAGGCCAUAAAGUUCUAUAAACAUGUUGUGCAGAGUGUUGAAAAGUUUAUUUUGAAGUGCAAACCUGAGUAUAAAGUGCCUGGACUAUACGUAAUAGAUUCUAUAGUGCGACAGUCAAGACACCAGUUCGGCUCUGAUAAAGAUGUGUUUGCCCCGAGGUUUUCCAAGAACAUGCAACAGACUUUUGUUAACCUCUUCAAGUGUCCACCGGAGGAUAAAAGUAAAAUCAUAAGGGUCCUAAACCUUUGGCAGAAGAACCAAGUAUUCCCACCGGAGGUUGUGCAACCUCUGUUCGACCUCGCCGACCCGAACAACCCCAUCCACAAGGAACUGUCCGUUACGGCGCAACAGCCCUCGAACGGCUUAAACUCGUCCACGGCAGCCGUGAUCGCCAAAGGUUCUCCCGCUCUGCAACGAACACCCACCAAAGGAAAUCAGCCAGGGAACGAAAACCUCCAUGGAGCUUCAAGUAAUUUGAACUUGACGGACCCGAACGUCCUCCAACAAUUACAGCAACUGCAGAGGUUACUGACCAAAAACGUAGAAAACGCAAGGGCUGAAAGUCAGGUGCAUUUCGACAAGAAGCUACUAGAUUUCGAUUACGGGGAUGAAGAAGACGAAGUUAACCCCUCCCCUAGACCCCAACCGAGCGCCAACGAUUCGGUAACGAGCCUCCUGACAAAUCCCGAGGUCCUCCGACAGCUCCAGACGCUGCAGCAGACCAUGGUCGGUCCGCCGCCCGAGAUGGACAUGGACAAGAUGAGGAAAUUGCAAGAAAUGAAGCAGCAGGAAGACGAGUUCGACAAACACCUGGCGCAGACGGUUCCGAACUUACCGUUCGCCUCGGAAUGCGAGUUCAAGCCGAGCAACACGCAGAUGAUGGGCGGGUACUUCAUGCCGUCCGACAUGAACCCUCCCCCUCCCAGUUACCAGACCCAGGAGUACGAACAGCAGCAGCAGCAGCAACAACAGAAAAGCAUGAUGCAAGACAACGGUCCCGACGUGGAGGUCAUCACGUUGGACCACGACGAUUCGCGGUCCGGCACUCCGGGGGAGGAACGGUACGGGAACAGCAGGAGGAGGAGGAGCAGGUCGAGGUCGAGAGACAGGAGCGGCAGGAGGGACAGAGAUAGGAAGAGGAGGUCGAGGUCCAGAUCGACGGGUAGGAGGCACCGUUCCAGGUCCAGGGAUAGGAACAGGCUCAAGGACAAGAAGGAGGAGGAGAGGAAGGAGACGGAAAAGGACAGGGAGAGGAAGAAGAGGGGCUUGCCCGCCAUCAAGAAGGACCACCUCAGCGUGUGCAGUACGACGCUUUGGGUCGGCCACCUGUCCAAACUGGUCCAUCAGGACGACCUGUCCAAUACAUUCGGCGAAUUCGGCGAUGUCGUCAGCAUCGAUCUCAUUCCCCCCAGGGGUUGCGCCUUCAUAGUGAUGCUCAGGAGGCAAGACGCUGCUCGCUGCCUCGGCAAGCUCAAAGGACACGUUCUGCACGCAAAGGCCAUUACGUUGGCCUGGGCUCCGGGGAAGGGAGUGAAAGGCAAGGACCUGAAGGACUACUGGGAGGGCGACCUGGGCGUCUCCUACAUCCCGCACACCAAAAUCAAGGAAGACAUCGACAUCGAAAUGCUCGAGGACGGCGGCAUGAUCGACGAGGACACCAUGCCCGUCUGGAUGAAGGAGAAGAUGGAACGCAUGGGGAAGAAACCUAUGGGCCUGCCCAAGGACCUGCCCGGGUUCUUGAUGGGCGGGGACCACGUGUCCAACACAUCGGGCCAGAUAGACACCAGCCAGCCGCCUCCGUUGCCCGGCGGCGGCCUGCUCCAACCGCCCCUCCUUCCGCUCGUCUCGCCGUUCCAGUUCAACAACCGCCUGCUCGGGAUGAACGUGCCGCCGGGCUUGAUGCACAACAUGUCGAACAUGCCCAAUAUACCCAUCGGGGUGCCCCCGCCCAACAUGCCGGCGCCCAUGAUGCCCAAUCAGUUGCUCGGCAUCGGGUCUCCCUUCCAAGGACCCCCCGGCAUGAUGCCACCCCAGAUGCCGGGCAUGGACAACAAACCACCGACGUCCACCACCGAAUCCAGCCUUCAGAGCCUGAGCGAGUCCCUCAUGAGCAUCGCUCAACCGUUCGGGUUGAUCCCGCAGCCGCCUGCGCCCCACGACGACAACAUGGACGUGGAGAUGGAGGACGCCGAGAAGGGCAUGGAAAAACCGAUGUCCCUCAGCGAACAACUCCAACAGAUGGCGGGUCAGUUUAAUCGCCCUAACAGGGACGAUAGGAGGGAUAGGAGAGACGGUAGGGACGAUCGGGAGCGGAGGAGGUCGAGGAGUAGGGAUAGGGAGAGGGAACGAGACAGGGACAGAGAUAGGGAUAGAGGCAGGGACCGUCUCAACAGUCGCGAAAGGGACCGCAGAGAAAACAGUCGCGGCAGGGACAGAGACAGAAGAGACGACCGCCGGGACCGUUCCAACAGGUGGGGCGAUAGGGACCGGGACAGGGAACGCGAUCGCCGUGAGCCGAGGGAACCCGAGAACAAAGACGAGAAACGGGAACGGGAGAAGAACCUCAACGAUCGUUUGAGGGAAAUGGCCGGUAUGGGAACUUACGAGGAACCGAGGAGAGACAGGUCCAGUAGAGACAGAAGGAACUCGGAUAGCAACUCGAGGAACUUCCCUCCCCCCACGCCGCCUCCUCACGUGACCGACGGCCCUCCUAAACCCGAGGAAGAUUUUAUGAGAGGCCCGCCUAAACGGCCGCCGCCCAGAGGCGAUUUCCCUAAUCAACGAGGGCCGAUGGACGAAUUCCCACCGCCGGCGUUAGACGCGCCGCCUAUGCCUCCCAUUCUCCAAUGUCCGCCGGAUAUGAUGGACGACGGGUUACCCAAUCAGGACGGAGCUCCCGACAUGUCGGAAAUGCCCCCCGAUUUGAUGGAAGGACCCCCCAAUUUAAUGAACGAUGGCCCUCCCAAUAUGAUUAACGGCCCAGGACACAGGGGGCCGCCAAAUAUGAUGGAAGGACUACCCAUGUUAAUGGACGAGGGCCCCCCCGAUUUAAUGGAGGGACCUCCCGACUUGCCCCCACACAUGCGAAGAGACGGACCCCCUCACAUGAGGAUGGAAGGGCCGCCAGAUAUGCCUCCGCUCAUGAUGAUGGACGGGCCCCCAGAUAUGCCCCCGCACAUGAGGAUGGACGGGCCCCCCGAUAUGCCCCCGCACAUGAGGAUGGACGGGCCCCCCGAUAUGCCCCCACACAUGAUGAUGGACGGGCCCCCAGAUAUGCCCCCACACAUGCGUAUGGACGGCCCUCCGGAUAUGCCGCCCCACAUGAGAAUGGAGGGGCCCCCAGAUAUGCCGCCUCAUAUGAUGAUGGACGGGCCCCCGGAUAUGCCGCCUCACAUGAUGAUGGAUGGGCCCCCCGAUAUGCCGCCGCACAUGAGGAUGGACGGGCCGCCGCACAGGAUGCACCCCAGGGGCGAUAUGGAGCACGACAACUUCAUGAGGGGUGGCAGGAGGGAUUUCGGACCGAGAGGAAUGAGGGGACCGCCGAACCAGGAAUUUUUCCCCAGGGACGAUUUCGGGCCCAGAGGACCGCCAAUGAUAAGGGGAGGUCACGACUUUGGGCCGAGAGGGCCAGAUUUCGGGCCUAGGGGGCCGGAUUUCGGCCCGAGAGGACACAUGAUGGGUCCCAGGGGACCUAGGGGGCAGUUCUUCGGCCCUAGAGGACACAGACCUAGGGGACCAUACAGAGACGGCCCCAACUUCAACUCACGUUUCGAUGGCCCGCCACGCUUCGACGGCCCGUCGCGUUUCGACGGUCCCCCUCCGGAGUUCUUCAGGGGCCCGAGGGGGCCCCCGCCAAUGUUCGACGACGGCCCGCAUCCCAGGCACCGGGGCCCGCCCAGGUUCGAGGACAGACGUAGGGGCAGGCCGGGGCCAGAUUUCAACCCCGACUUUAUGGACAGGGGACCCACGUUCGAUAGACCCGAUAAACCGGAAAGGAGAAGUCGGUGGGGCGGAGGAUCGCCCCCUAGGGACGUACAAAACGACGAGAUGGAGGAAACGCAAGAAUUCGCCGGCGGCGAGAACGAAAACGUAGGAGGGCAAGAGAAUCGAGACGGGGCCAGUACGCCGGUGAGGGACGAGUGUCCGCCCCCGAUGGAGGAGAACGUGCAAGGAUUCGAAUCCCAUCAGGAGGGCGGGGAGCCGAAUGCGGAGGAGCCGCCGGCUGAAUAACAUAGAUUCGAUAUAUUAUUACAGUACUAAUUAGUUUAUUCAGCACCUUGUGGAAGUUUUAAUCGGUAAGAGUAUGUCUUUGAUUAAUUUUAUAUUUUCCUUUUUAAAGAAAAAAAAAAAAUUGCAAUAAGCAACCGUGUGAAACAGUUGGAAUUUCUGUCGGGUGCUCUAAAAUGUAUAUAUAUAUGAAACUUUUUAAAGAAUUUAACGGAGCAGUCGUGAUUGUGAAUAUGUAUUGUAGUCGAAAAGGAACGCUUAGCUGUGAUCUGGUGCGGUGAACACAGGUGAACACUCUGAACGUUUUGACUUGACAAAUGUUUUUAUAUUAUUUAAAUGAGAAAUAAAUGAUUUUUAUUAUGUUACAUAAUUUUUGUUUAGUUUCUCGAUACCGUAAUGUCGAAUUUAAAUUUUUCCGUUUGGUUGCGUCCGCAAAAAAAAAGUGGCGAAAUGUAAAUUUCUAGUAUUUCUCUCCGAGGAAUAACCGACGGAGCAAAGAACGAGUUAUAAAGAGGUGACUCAUCGAAAGGUAGGUCCAUCUGUGUUCACGACAGCUAGGAGGAGGAGUCCCAGCGCCGGCCCUCAAAUCGAGGCGUCGGUGCAAGGUACAGUCCAAGUUCUUUUUUAUAUAUACCUCUACCGUAUAUUUUGUCGGACGUUUUUAGCAGAACGGAGCAUAUAUUUUUACGAGAAAGGCGCGCUUUUAAAUUUUAUCUAAUCUUACCGACGUAAAGUUUCAAGUAAAACAACUUGUUCCUAAAAUAUUGUAAAUAGGGCGUAUACUGGUCCGGAAAACUUGGAAUUCUCGGGGAAUUUCAUAGACGGGGAAACGUCGGUGAUUUCUCAAAUUCUCAUGGAUUUUUUUUUAAUUUUAAAACUACAUGCUGAUAGACCCCAAAAUAAGAAAAUAAUUCUAAUAAACAUGAAUAUUGUGCUUCAAGUAGUUCCUGAUAUCGAUUCAUACACAGGGUGUUCAAACAAAAAAAUGAUUAGGACAAAAGUAGCAGGGUUUUGAGCGAGUAAUCCAACGGUGACCUUGAAGGUCAUUGAGAGGUCAAGUUGAAACUUUUAAAUG